AAACAGAUCAUAUAAAAAAUACAUUAGUUUACGAUGGGAUAUAUAAGGUUUAAAAAGUUUGAUUGUGAAAUUGAGAUCUUAUGUUUUGACUGUUUUUAUCUAAAGAAUUGGAUUGUGAAUAAUUACAUUAAGGCAUCUUUAUAAAGAACAGCAAAGGGAAGAAAAUUAAAAAGAAAAUUGAUAUCUUUAUAACAGUUGAUAAAUAUGUUCUAAAGAAGAAAGAAGGUUGAAAAAUAAGGAAGAAAAAGAUUUUUACAUGGAAAUAUUGAGUUGUGAUACCUGAUUAUUAAUUGUUCACGCAUGGGUGCUGCUAAGGGAUUAAAUUGAAUGAAGUAGAAGAAGUAACUUGUGCGUUGUUGAGCUAGCUGUGCUUUGCAAGAUUUUUUGUGACUUGAAAUAAAAUACAAUUAUUGGUAACUCUAUUGUCUAGUUGGAUUAUAUUUCUUUCAAUGUUAAAGAUAAAUAAACCUUCAUAUUUUUGAAGUUUUUAUCUCGUUUGCUUAACAUAUUUUGGGUCGUUUAAGUAAAUUUAUGUUGGGGUAUCAAGACAAACUGUACAGUCACGUUUGAAUAAUUAUUCACUGAACUUUGUUUUUUUUCAAUUUUUAGUGAAUAAAAUUUAAAAAAGAAAGUAUUUGCAAAAAAUGUUUAUAUACACUCUGCUUUCCAUGCUGUUCUGCAGAAUAAUCAGCACACAAUGCGAGAAUUACACUAUAUCACUUUUAUAUCCUUUCACAGACCAUUUUUCGUUAGGGUUCAUACAUUAUGCCAGCUCAUUUGUGAUGGCCGUCGAAUAUGCGAACAAUCAUUCAUAUGAGAACAAUAAUAAUAUUACAUUGUUGUAUACGAUAGACGAUACAAAUAACAAUGGUCCACCUAAUAGACCUCGGAGUGUAAGAGAGCUAGAAAGUUUAAGGAUAAUAACAAGAAGGUCUUUAGAAAACUACGACGCUUUUGUUGGUCCUGGUUUAAAAACAUGUGGGUAUCAAGGUAGACUUGCUGUGGCGUAUAAUAAACCGCUUAUUGGUUACAUAUGUAAUGAAGCCAGUUUAUCAGAUAAACAAAUUUUCCCAACCUUUGCUAGAACGGCUUCACCUGACUCUUAUGUGUAUUUGCCACUAAUAGCAGUUUUGGAAAAAUACAAUUGGAAAAGACUAGCUGUUAUCAGUGGAAACGAAGACAGUUCACCUCGAACAAAUGUUACACGAAAGAAACUAGUCAGUGAUUUGAAAAGGAGAGGAUAUACGGUUUCCUUUAAUGAACCAUUUAGCAAAAAUGUAUCUACAAAUAACAAUGAUAACUUCUUUAGGAGAUUGAAACAGUCUGCUCGCAUUGUUGUCUUCUUAAACGAUAAUUUUGCUGAAAACUACUUCGUCUUUGAGGCUUACGUCCAUAAUAUGUCUAAUGGCGAUUACGUUUUUCUUCUUGUCGACACGACAUCAAUUGUAACCUUCGAUCCUAAUUCAACAGUACAAGUCGAUGACAACAUACCAGCAUAUUGGGGAAAUAUCGUCAACCAGAUCUUAACACAUUACCGUCUAACUCCAACGUGGAAGUUGGUUGGAGUAAUUGAAACCAUAAAACGCUCAUUUUGGAUUGCAUCAUGGGUUACUGACCAAAAAAGAUACCAUUUAUUUGAACGUGAAGUGUCAGAGAGAAAAAAAGAGUUGUUUAAUUGCACGGAUGGUAUAUUAAGUCCAUGUGUGGGCUCGCAUUUACCAAACGAGGCUGCCUACCUCUACAACGCUGUUGUAGUUUACUACAAAUCUUUGUUGGAAACCAAACUGAAAAAUGAAAACACAAGAGAUGGUAAAGUUGUAAUGAAUAAUGCAAAAGGAAUAUCAUUUCAAAGUGUUACUGGAUUUGAUGUGCAAAUCAAUGACCAACUGGACGCCAUGUUUAAUAUGACAAUGUUGUCAUUGCAGGAAGUGGAAACACCAUUGUCACCUGCUGGGAAGAUAAUGGAAUGGAUGCCUUUUGGCUCGUUUAUGUCAACUCCAACAAAAGAUGACAAAUACGCGCACGUGUUAAAAACAACAGCCAAAGUAACCAAUUGGGAUAACUUUCCCCCUCCUGAUACUCCGAAAUGUGGCUUUCAAGGAGAACUGUGUAUUAAGCCGACACCAAAGCCAGACACACAGAACUAUGAGGCAGCUAUCAUCGCAGGUUGCAUUAUUGGUCUGUUGUUAGUUGGUGCUAUGUAUGGAGGGAUAUAUAUUUACAGACAACGGUUAAUUCUUGCUAAUAUGAGUUGGAAAAUUGAUGGCAAUGAAAUAAUGAUGGCACCUUCAGCUAUUAAUAGUUCGAGAUUAUCUAUAAACACUAUAGUGAAGAAUGAGGAGGAUGAUGGAUUUGGUACGCAGAUAUUCACCAAAAUAGCCUACUACAAGUCGCAAUUGGUUUCUGUUAAGACGUUAACUAACGUUCGAAUUGUGUUGACUCGAACCGUGCUAACCGAAUUACGAGACAUGCUUGAUUUGAGUCACGAGAAUGUCAAUCCUUUUCUUGGUAUGGCUCUUCAAUCAAACCAAUGUCUAGUCAUCUUUCAGUACUGUCCGAAGGGAAGCUUGCAGGAUGUUUUAGCAAAUGAUGACAUAAAGUUAGACAACAUGUUUCUGACAUCAUUUGUUCGUGACAUUGUAAAGGGAAUGCAGUAUCUGCACAGUUCUCCAUUGAAAUCAUUUGGUAGAUUGAAAUCUUCCAACUGCAUCGUCGAUAGUAGGUGGUUGAUAAAAAUUACAGAUUUUGGAACAUCAUUCUUGAGAACUGGUUUAAACCCAUUGCAAGAGUGCGACGUCAAUUCCUUCUAUUCUAGUCUUCUUUGGACGGCGCCGGAGCUUCUUCGCAUGAACAAUCCUCCAUCUAUUGGAACACAGAAGGGAGAUGUUUAUAGUUUUGGUAUCAUCUUACAAGAAAUAAUAACCAGGAGUGAACCUUAUUCAAUGCAUGAGUUGGAAGCAGUAGAUAUCAUUCAGACAUUAAAAGAAAGGUCAAACCCGCCAUUUAGGCCUUCAGUGCAACAAUACAGAUCUAGAUUGAGCAGCGUAGGAGAGAAAAAUGAUGAUAGAGAACUAUACAAUCUAAUGGUCAUGUGUUAUGCAGAAGAACCUACUGUGAGACCAUCUUUCAAUGAAAUAAAGAAAUUCAUCAAAAAAAUUUCGACUGGCAAAGAAACAAAUGUGUUUGAACACAUGGUGAAAAUGCUGGAAAAAUACAGUAAUAAUUUAGAAAACGUUGUAGAAGAAAGAACGAAACUGCUGAUUGAAGAAAAGAAAAAAACUGAUGACCUAAUAUACAGACUACUGCCAAGCUUCGUUGCUGAACAGCUGAAGCAAAACAACGCAGUAGAGGCCGAGCGUUACGACGAGUCCACUAUCUACUUCAGUGAUAUUGUCGGUUUUACAACUAUCUCUGGGAUGUCUACACCCAUGCAGGUUGUUGAUCUGCUGAAUGAUUUAUACACAUUAUUUGAUGCCAUAAUAAAGAACUAUGACGUUUACAAGGUUGAAACAAUUGGUGAUGCAUACAUGGUUGUUUCGGGCGUCCCGAUUCGCAAUGGACACAUGCACGCUGUUGAAAUAGCCGAUCUGUCUUUGCAUCUCCUUAAAGCUGUUGAUGAACAGUUUAUAAUUCGACAUAUGCCUAAGGCUAAACUGCAAAUACGAAUUGGAGUCCAUUCGGGUCCUGUUGCAGCUGGAGUAGUUGGCACAGCAAUGCCGCGAUACUGUCUAUUUGGUGAUACAGUCAAUAAAGCCUCUAGAAUGGAAUCAAACGGAGAAGAGCUUAGAAUCCAUAUCAGUGCUGAGACAAAAGGAUUUCUUGACACACAUGGACAUUACAACAUUGUCCCUAGGGAGGGUAAAGUACAUCUCAAGAAUGUUGGACUUGUUCAAACAUACUGGCUUUUGGAAAAAAGAAGUAUUAGUCAAUUUAUUGGAAAAAAGACGGCCAAGGUGUCACCGCUAGCUCCUUUGAUGAGACAUGGGUCGCCUCUUCUGGACAAAGCUCCGUCAAAGUUAAAUGUUCUAAGAAGAGUUGGUGAAAAAUGAUAGUAAAAAAAGCUAGGGUUGAACAGUGUUCUCACAAAAAAACUGUUCCUGUCGUUUAGUAGAAAGAGUUUACGACAAACACAUUUGGUUGUCUUGUUCCCCAACAUAUUUUACUACCUAAACGAACUAGAUAGCCAUGCAUAUCUUUUUUUCUAAAUCAUCAGAAACUUAAAGUGAACAAGGUCAUUUCCCGUGGUAAGAUAAGAUUUAAAUUCGAUCCUGUGCAUAUUAUUUUCUUAUGUGAUACAUUUGAAAUAAACGAAGAGUUGAGAAUAUUGCUUAAAAAAUAAAAUUGAUUUUUCAGAGUAUGAUCU